UGGUCUACAACAUCAGCCCACGUGAGGUAGCUAAAAUUUAUUCCCUCAUCAUGAUUCAUGACUGACAUAUUGGACUGAUGUAAUUUUUUUAUAAUAGAUGUAUCGAAUGGGCGUCGGGUCACCGCCGAAUCCCCAAGCGGCCCAUUUAAAGGAAGCUGGCCAGAAAGCAAGUGCUUCAAUUUAAAAAAAUAAAAUAAAAUUAAGACAGCACACACCCACCCCAAAAAAAAACAAUCCAUGUUCUUGAAAAACAGAUGCGGAAUGAAGACUGAGUCCAAAAAAUAUAAAAAUGUGAAUCAAUUUGAGGGAAGACCACAAGGAAGCGGCAAUCAUGUACUUGGAGAAAAUGGAUUAUGUACGACUGUGGCUUUGGCCGGGGGGGAGGUGGCAUCUAAGACUUUAGCAUGACUGCACACAAUGCAUUCUCGUGCUGCCCUCUGCCUUUGGGAAAUUCUAACUCAUGACUUAACGGAAGCACAUGCCCCCUGACCCCCAUUUGGAUAUCAAAGCCCUUUCAAUCCGUGCAGAGUGUCAAUGAAGAAUUGUGUUCCUCUGAGCAACACAUUAGAAGUUUGUUCCACCCUUCGAGUUUAGUUAGAAAAUUGAGAAACACCGUUUAUUUUUGGUUGGCGGUGCUAAAAUCAGCUCGUUUGGGUGGUCUGGGGGAAGUUGUUUUACAGGGGGAUUUGUUUCAGACCCACACGGUUUUGUUUGAUGAGGAGAUUAGCAUUAGUUUGCAGGGGCUUGCAUGUGCUUAUCAGUUCGCACGUCGUUUUUUGUUUUUUUGGUUUUUUUUGGUGGGGGUGGCUCUAACCGCAAUCCGUUUGCAUUGUUCUAUGGAUUUUGCAAGUACAGGUAUUCUACUGUAUACUUGCAAGUGCAACAUAAAGGAAUGGAAAGUCAGACUGUACGGUUCUCUUAUCUUAAAAAAAUCCAAGCCUUAGUCUUUAGGUUGUAAAACAUUUUCUCGCCAUGCCCCCUUAAGAGAAGUGUCGGCUUUCACUCCUUCUUCCUCACGGUCCUAUCAGGUGUACUUUGAACAGGCCCGUCUUUGACUCAAAGCGACCUCGCACAGGAUGGGUGGGGUGGGCGAGAGGCAUGUGUCGCAACAGAACGGGAGAAACAUUAGGAAACAUGCUCAGGCAAAGUAUGGGAUCGAAUGGAAUCCUGGAAACCAAAGGAAAGAUCGCUCUUCCUGAGGUCUAACCUUCGAUGAGAGAUCAGCACCGACCGCUAUGGAGAGCCCCAGCGAGACCUCAAAAAUCCUGGAGAAGGGUCCAGAUUACCUUCGAAAGCAAAUGGAACUGGAGAGUGAGGUAAAAGGGCCCAUGAGUGCCGUGGAGAGACUGGCCGCCAGCAAACCCAAAUACGUGAAAAGCCAGCAGGUGGUCAACUCCACUCAGGAGCCACUGAUCAGCCUGCCGUCCACUUCAAGCUCCGUGUCCUCCAACUGGAGCUCAACACAUGCCCAAGUGUCUACGCAGAGCUGCUCCCCGGCGCAGGUACGUCGCUCCAGCUCGAAAAAGCGACCCGACUCCAUCCUGCUUUACAGGCAGAAAUGUGAACUGCUGCGAGUGGCCGGCCAUGACCGCAAACAUAACAUCACGCGUAAACUGCUUCGAAGCUCGGCGAGCAAAACGACAACCUUACCAGAGGCGGCUGAGAAGGAAGUCGACCGUGAUGGCGGUAAGGAGGAACACGGCACACCUGAGGAAUCUGCAAGGGAACAUUGCUCAAGUGCAAAGUCCCCAACAUUAGAGAGAAGGCGGAACGGAGCGACCGGAAACCCGAAGAGUGGUCCAAAGGAGGCAUCCGCUAAUCUCCUGAAUGUCCCCGUCAGGAGAGGUAAAGGGGUGGGUCGAUCCCGCUCGGAUAUCAGCUCCAGGUACUCCAAGAACUUUGCGGACUUUGACUCCUUCUUCAAGUACUGCGGCCUGGACGGGGAGGUCAUCGAGUCUCUGGGUAAGGAGAAUUUCUCGGCACGUUCGGACGAGAUGACGCUCAAGGUGCGCAGCGUUAGCGUGGCCACAUCGGACGGCGGCUUCUCCCGGAACAGCGACGACAGCGAGGGGCUGCAGGAAGAUAUCCUGCAAAAGAAGAUCCGUCAGGGAACGUCGGUCAUCGAGCGGAAUGCAAGGAUUAUCAAAUGGCUAUACAGCUGCAAGAAUGCUAAAGAGAGUGGGAAAAAGUUGAGAGACCUGGACUAAAAUCAUCUAUUUUUGAUACUGGUUAGUCCUCAUCGGGAUUAGGAUCAACAGGGGCUCAUCGCAACUGACUUUGGGCGAAAGGCGCCAUACACUCUGGACUGGUCUGGACAAGACAAGCCUCACAAAGACUCAUUCAGCUAUGGCCCCCGGGGAUUGAAAAAAAAAACAAAAAUAGUCCAUGACAUGUUUUCUUGCCGGCGGCCCAGUAGUCCAGUGGUUAGCACGUCGACUUCACAGUGCCGAGGUACCGGGUUCGAUUCCAGCUCCGCCCUUCCUGUGUGGAGUUUGCAUGUUCUCCCCGGGUCUGCGUGGGUUUUCUCCGGGUACUCCGGUUUCCUCCCACGUUCCAAAAACAUGUAUAGCAGGCUGAUUGAUCACUCUAAAUUGUCCCUAGGUGUGAGUGAGGGUGUGCAUGGUUGUUCGUCUCUGUGUGCCCUGCGAUUGGCUGGCAACCAAUUCGGGGCCUACUGGCCGGAGACAGCUGUGAUAGGCUCCAUCCAGCUCCCCCGUGAGAUUAGUGAGGAUAGAGCGGUUCGGAAGAUGAAUGAAUGAAUGUUUUCUUGCUCAACAUGAAAUUGGGUGGUUGUGACUAUUAUAGGGCGGCCCUGUGGUCCAGUGGUUUAUGCGUCGACCUCACAGUGCAGAGGUCGUGGAGUUUACACACUCUCCCCGUGCCUGCGUGGGUUUUCUGCGGGUACUCCGGUUUCCUCCCACGUUCCAAAAACAUGCAUGACAGGCUGAUUGAACACUGGAAAUUGUCUCUCGUAUGAGUGUGAGUGCGGAUGGUUGUUUGUCUCUGCGUGUCCUGCGUUUGGCUGGUAACCGGUUCAAGGUGUCCCCCGCCUACUGCCCGAAGACGGCUGGGAUAGGCUCCAGCCCGCCACUCGCGACCCUUGUGAGGGAAAGCGGAUCGGAAAAUGGAUAGCUGGAUAUCUAUCAUAACCAGGCACGUGGAAACUUCACAAGGACUCUUGCCCUAAACUGAACAGCAUGUCGACCAUCUUGGUUUAACUAUUCUCCACAGGAAAACGUUUACAAGGGAAUUGGUUGAGACGAGCCCAAUUGUUAAAGCAGGUAUUUUCAAUCCCGAUGUUCUGCGCCGCCGCUAAAGAAUCUCGAAUUGCGUCAGAUUCUGUGGCAAAACGCUUGAGCACAACUUUACGCCCAAUGACUCACUGAUUCACACGAGCCUGUGUGCCUGUCCGCAUUGUCCCUUCGCUACUCCCCCUCCCCGGACCCGGGAGCUAGAAUCGUUUGUCGCCGAAGGUCGUAAUCUGCGGGUAGUGGUGAAACUGGAUUUCUUUCCCACUUUGUCUCUCCUACUUGCAUGCAAACGAAUGUUUUACGGGUUCCUACGCACCCUGGAUAUCUUUCAGAAGUCUGACUGACAUCCCAGACAAGUUGUGUCGUGCCCUGUCAGACCAAUUUCAAAUGUACCACCCUCAGGCUAUUUUUUUUUCCACAGCUUCCUUCUUGUAACAUUACUUUUUUUUUUUUAAUUUAUGAAAGGGUAAUAUUUUUCGCUUUAUUUUUUAUUUUGGGAGGCAAACAGUUCACAAGUGUUUUAUGAGUACUCGUUCCCGACUCCAGGGACCAUAUCAAUUUUCGCCAAAUGUAUUCAUGAAAUGUUUUAGGGAUUCUGAAAACGGCUUCUUUGAGUUUUGCCAGAUGACAGCUUUAAAUCUCCUGGUUGUCCAUAUAUGGUCUACAGGUUGUAGCUUUUUCAUCAGCGCUCUUGUGCCAAGAGUCCUGCUUUCAAGCAAAGAGGAAAGUAGCAUCAUGAUAUACAGUACAAGGGGUUCCUCUGUUUUGGACAUUUGAAGUGGUUACAAAGUGCCACAAAAUGAACUUGUUUUUGUGCAGCGCAAGAAACUCAGUAACUGUAAAAAAAAAUUCAUUGGCUUGUUUGAUAUUUAUGACCUAGAUGUGUUUUUAAACAAGUAUUUACUGUCAUUAUGACAUUUUGAGGUUACAGUGCUGAGCAAUAAAAUAGCGAAUGUUUUUCAUUUCACUGUUUUCAAUCCAAACAUGAUGUCAAAUUCGACUUGCAAAGGGACUCUUGAGCAACCUGCUUAGUAUUCAGCAUGUCUGGUAUGUAUGACACACUAUUUUUUUGCCAUGUUAUUAGAUUUAUAUUAUUUCUGAACUGCUCCGGAUGAUUUGUGUCACACUUGAGUGCUUCUACAUUUAUGAAUGUUGAUAUUUUUACGAGAAUUGCGACAUAAUGAUUGUGGUGGUAUUCCCCGCUGGAUUAAGAUGGGUAAAUGGCCACUAAAGGCCUCAGUAAUAAAUGCAUGGCCGCCCAUUGAGCUCUCUGAUUACUGUAAUUGCAUUCUUGCUAGUAUUACCACUUCUAGGAAAUCAUGGGAUCUUUGUUAUUGUUAUUGUAUUAGUAGUAUAUUAAAAAUGAUAAUCCGUCCCCGGUGGAGUAGUGGUACACUCGCCUGACUUGUAUGCGGACAGCGUGGAUGUGGAUGUGAAUGGUUGUUUGUCUCUAUAUGUGCCCUGCGACUGACUGACAACCAGUUGAGGGUGUAGUCUGCCUUCCGCCCGAAUAGGCUCCAGCAACUCCCCACGACUCUAUUCAGGAUAAACGGUGUUCAAAAUGGAUGGGUAAUCAUACCUGUCAACUCAUACGGUUUAGCCAUAGUUCAUACGGAUUUUGUGGUGAAUCUUACAUAUAUGGCCGUAUCGCACAAAUCAUACGGAUUCUGAAAAUGUCCAUUUUUUUUCACCAACUCCAAAUGAUUUGGAGUUGGUGAAAAAAGUAACGCAGGAAUACAACUCUGAACACAGUAAUGCCACUAAGUAGAAUGAUGAUUAGACAUUAACCAGACAUUGUAUUAUGGAGAUCUACAAUAAAUAUCAUUGAAAAUUU